AUGGACGCCGAAGCGAGAAGAAGACAUUGUGGUCUCUUGAUGUUUGAUGCUCCUACAGUAUCCACAAGAUCACAAACGUCAAGAAACAACGAUAUUAUCAUUAACAAUAUGUCAACGCGGGAAGUUGACUCUUCCACGCUAAUUAAUAAUCAUAUAUCCUAUGAAUCCUCCCGUAACGCUAGUUCAUUGAUCAAUAAUUUAGACACCUUUCAGGACAAUACUUCUGACUUUUCUACUACCACGCGUGCCUUAGCUGCCGGCGCUGCAGCAGGUGACGACUUUGUGCAUCAGGGUUCUGGUGAUUCGCCUAAUGCUAGUGAUGAGCCUGUACACCCUCCAAAGAGAACUCCGAGACCUCCAAAUGCUUUUAUUUUAUAUCGUAAAGAGAAACAACCCGCAAUUAUCGCAGCUAAUAGACAUCUCUCAAAUGCUGAAGUUUCUAGACGAAUUUCUGAUAUGUGGAAAAGUGAGCCUGAAGAAAUUCGUCGUGAAUGGGAAAGAUAUGCGGAUCGGAAGAAACUUGAGCAUAUGCAAGCGUAUCCUAAUUAUGUAUACCGUCCUAGCCCUAAAAAUAAAUCUAAAGUUGAUAAACGUAGACAACAACGAAAACAAACAUCUCCAAAGGACGCUGCUGACAAUAGAAAUUACUCGGUCUCAACCGGUUCCACCACCGGCCCUCAAAGAAGAAAAUCAACAAGAAAUGUAAAUAAAAGUCCUGUAAAGUCGGAUUUUCCCGAUGGCUUACAACAAGCAUCAACUAAUAUGUCACCACAAAAUGCAAAUAUGACUUCCCGAAAUAAUUCCGUGCCCUCAAAUUCUUCAUAUGCCACAAUUCUUCCAAGUCCGGAGAUUCCCAUGUUGACAACUCAUUUUACGGAUCCACCAACAGAAUACGAAUCUCAGCAACUUAAUUCCGUUACAUCUCAUGUGCCGCUCACUCCGAUCUCUCCACCCCAAAUGCAGUUGCGAGAACAAGAAUUUAAAAUUCGUCAUCAACAACAAUAUGAACCAAACUUAAUGCGUUACGUUCCAGAAGAAAAUAUUCAAACAUAUCAUGAUAAUCAUGGAAAUACACCACAAUUCUCCUUCACGUCCAUGAACGGAUUAAUCCCCUAUAAUCACGGUACAAACGGUUAUCCACAUCAACAAUCGGUCAACCCUCUGGAAUAUUAUUUAGUUCCAGAUGUGGCACAACAACAACAGCAGAUGAACGCAGAAAUUAUGCUUCAUUAUGAACAACAUCAUCAUCAAACCACGCCUGAACAUACUAUUUCAACUUCAACCAAUUCAUCCCCUAAUGAAAGAGCCCCACUAUAUUCACAACAACAACAACCUGCUCAAUAUUUUCAUAAUGGAACGAAUACUGUCGAUAAUACUGUUGGAAAUCAAGCGUUUGUUAAUUUUCUCGCAGGAUACGAGUACCUAGGUG